CAUGAUACAGCAGCGGAAACGGGUGAAGUAGCUAGAAAACAAAAGAGAACACGCACUCGUCCUCGCGAUUUGGUAUGCUCUUGCAGUGUUAUAGGAAUGCCCAAGGAAAAAUAUGACCCGCCAGACCCUAGGCGGAUGUACACAAUUAUGUCCAGCGAGGAGGCAGCCAACGGGAAGAAGUCAUACUGGGCUGAGCUGGAAAUCAGCGGUCGAGUAAGGAGUCUCAGCACAGCCCUGUGGUCUCUCACCCACCUCACUGCCCUACACCUCAGUGACAACUCAUUGUCACGCAUCCCGCCAGACAUUGCCAAACUACACAACCUUGUGUACCUGGAUCUCUCAUCCAAUAAGAUCAGGAGCCUGCCGGCAGAGCUCGGCAACAUGGUGUCUCUCAGGGAACUGCUUUUAAAUAACAACCAGUUGCGGGUUCUGCCAUUUGAAUUGGGGAAACUGUUUCAGUUACAAACACUGGGGUUGAAAGGAAACCCACUUGCACAAGAAAUUAUGAGCCUCUACCAAGAACCUGAUGGCACACGGCGACUGCUCAAUUACCUGUUGGACAAUCUGGCAGGAGCUAUCAAGCGCAUACCCACAGAGCAGCCCCCAGCCCGGUCAUGGAUCUCUCUUCAGGAACCAGACCGAACACGGCCCUCAGCGCUGUUUUCUGUGAUGUGCUACAACGUGCUGUGUGAUAAGUAUGCUACACGACAGCUAUAUGGCUACUGCCCCUCAUGGGCUCUUAACUGGGAGUACAGGAAGAAAUCCAUCAUGCAGGAGAUCCUGGGCUGCAAUGCAGACAUCAUCAGCUUGCAGGAAGUUGAGACAGAGCAGUACUACAACUUCUUCUUGCCUGAGCUGAAGGAGCAGGGUUACGAGGGAUUCUUCAGUCCAAAGUCUCGGGCUCGGACUAUGUCGGAGUCUGACCGCAAACAUGUGGACGGAUGUGCAAUUUUCUACAAGACAGAAAAGUUCAGCGUGGUGCAGAAACACACGGUGGAGUUUAACCAGCUGGCCAUGGCUAACUCCGAGGGCUCUGAGGCUAUGCUGAAUAGGGUGAUGACCAAGGACAACAUUGGGGUGGCCGUCCUGCUUGAGGUUCGCAAGGAGAUGAUGGAGCUCUCUUCGGGCAAGUCGCUCCAUGGCAUGGAGAAGCAGCUCCUACUGGUAGCCAACGCCCACAUGCACUGGGACCCAGAGUACUCGGACGUUAAGCUUGUCCAGACCAUGAUGUUCCUGUCAGAGGUGAAGAACAUUGUGGACAAGGCCACACGCAGCCUCAAACUGUCGUCUGUCUCUGGUGAGACAAACGCCAUUCCUCUGGUGCUGUGCGCUGACCUCAACUCCCUGCCUGACUCCGGCGUGGUGGAGUACCUGAGUACAGGCGGAGUGGACUGCACCCACAAGGACUUCAAGGAGCUGCGUUACAGCGACAGCCUGACCAACUUCAACUGCAAUGGCAAGAACAGCACGUCUAACGGCAGGAUCACCCACGGCUUCAAGCUGAAGAGCGCCUACGAGAAUGGCCUGAUGCCUUACACCAACUACACCUUUGACUUCAAGGGUGUCAUCGACUACAUUUUCUACUCCAAGCCUCACCUGAACGUACUGGGUAUCCUGGGCCCUCUGGACCCCCACUGGCUCCUAGAGAACAAUGUCAGCGGCUGCCCGCACCCCCACAUCCCCUCCGACCACUUCUCCCUCUUCGCCCAGCUGGAGCUGCUCCUGCCCAACCUGCCCGCCCAGGUCAAUGGGCUCCACCUGCCUGCACGCAGGUAGUGAGUGCCCUACACCACCAGGGGGAGCUGCAACCACAGCCUCUCCCUCCCAACCUUCCUCCCUCCCACCUACCAGCUCUUCCCUCCCCCUGCACUGGAGGAGGAAGACAAAAACACAACCUGUAAAAUAAUCGUACAGUGAGGUCUGGCCGACAGGGAUUUCGUAUGAUGUUAUAGAUAUUCUAUAUUUUUCUUUUUUCUUUCUCCUUUUUUUCAUUUUUUUAACUGCUCGAGUCAAUCCUGUUUGUGUAUAUUAUUUUGUGCUUUUGGACUCCCUUUCUUCCUCAAACACCCACCCACCCAUUUAUGUCUUUCUAACUGGAGGGGAUGGUAGCUCACUCAGAUUUGUCACAUAAGGUAAUAUUAAGAUUAAGACAAAAGGAAACUUAACAGUGGCUGAGGGGAGAGCAUACACCUUAAAAUCUCCAAAGCUGAUGGUCUGCCUGUCUGUCUGUCCUGUACAAAACUCAAACCAGCAAAGACGGCGGACUUGUCAGUCUCAGACCUCCAUCAUUGGCUUGUGCUUGUUUUCCCCUCUCCUCUGGGCAGCCAGUGUACUAAGUCAGUCUUUCUGUGAUGCAGGAGGUGUUUGUUGACUCGGAUGUGGUUGAGUUUUAGAGCAGCUUUGAGCUGGUAGUUUGGCGUCCCUCGAGGUGGGAGUAGUGCAGCUUGAAUAUGAGGUGAGAUUUCCUGCUGUCAUUCUGUGGUGCUGAGGCCUUUCGUGUGAUCACGGCCUCCCGUGGUGCUACAAGUUAGUCUACACCUCUGACCCCGGCCCUGGUGCAAUAGCAACCAAACCCACAGAUGCCUCAAGAACCAGACGUCCGAGAACUGCAUUCGCCUGAUUUCAAAUGGGCAGUACAUAGUUAGUUUGCAGAGGAGGGAUGUUGUGAGAAACUGAGAACAGCUACCAUCCUGUUUGCAGACUGUUUUCACUCAGCUUGUAUAGUUGUUAGAUUAGUCUUAUACUUUUGAGCUCAUAUGGCCCAUGUACCACCUUUUGGCCAAGGGGCAGGGGAUUUAGGCUGAUGGGCAAAGCGAUGGGGGACAUUCACAAACCUUUCUUAAGAGCUGGUUGCUUUUAGGCAGAGAGUGAGUAAUGGCUGAUAUACAGGAGUAAAACCAGCAUUCCUCUCACUGUCUGGAGUUGCCAUCCAACUCCACACAUGCACGCUCACACAUACACACACACAAACACACACAUGCACACGCACACACAAAUUUGCAGGCAGAUCUGUAGCACUGUCUCCGAGGCCAGUAGUGACUUUCCCCAGCCAUAAAUUCCAUACACAAAAGCAGUGGUUUUUUUCACAAGUGUUUGUACAGAAUAGAAAUCUAGAUUCAGUCUUUACAUGAUUGUAUAUGAACCACAAAAGACCUGUUUUCUGGCGUUUUUUGUACUAAGAGUAAAUUAUGAUCAGAUUUGAAAAAAGAAAGAUUGUAUUGUAAACUAUGGCUAAAUUUUUAUCCAGUUAAUGUUAAGAUGAAUUGAUAUUACCAGCUUGUACAAAAGACGUAAGAAGAGGUUGUUCGAGGCGUUCGCUGUCACUACUUUGCACUCCCCGUAGAAUAACUGUAAUUAAUGUAUCAGUAUUGUUUUUCUUUUUGUUCUCUCUGCCGUUGUUUCGAUUUGCGAGCAUAUUGCCGCGAUUGUAAAUAGACACUGAGUAAACCCUGCCUGUUGCUUCUUGCCCAUUAACAAAGCCAUUGAUCCACACUGCUGCCAUCAGUCCAGACAAAACGACAUGUAAGCAUGAGUCACAGCCCACCAGUGACUUCACAUCUGCUCCUCCAUACACAAACACACACACUCACACAGAAGUGACGUGUGAUGCAGUGACUGACACAACCCCAGCAACCCAUAUAAUUCCCACAUGUACAAACAGAACAUUGUGCCUCACUGUAGCAGUUGUCGUUGUCUUGCACUAUUUACAAUCGGCGAACGCCCGAACAACCUUUUCUCCUUUUAUUUUUAAAUACUGUUGAGACAUUUGUGAAGAUUUUAUGUCCUUUUUUGUUUUUUUGUUAAUGUUGAUUUCCUUUUUUAUGAGCUGUGACAAUGUUAUGAUGAUGUGUAUAUCCUUCCUAUUCAUUGAGCUCUCUAGUAAUCAGGUAUGCUAUAUCCACCAACCCUCUCUCCUCUCCUUACGGAACAUGACUAGGAUGUCUUACCUUUAUAACUCCACUCUGUUGGAAUGUUUUGCACCCUCCUUAUACCUUAGCACAGCUCCGUUCCCCGGCUCCCGCCACCCACCAUCCCCUAACCCCUCGCUCCCUCCCUGGCCAUCUGCCCCUGAGAUACAGAUUUUGAGUCUCACCAAGCCUGACCGUCACCCUAACGCCCUCUCACCCACCCAGACUUAACCUGCCCACUAUAUUACUCAAGCUGUGUCUUUUAAAUCUCUUUUCUCAACCACUUUCUAUAGUUCUCAACCCUUGUCACUGCAGCUGUAGUGCCAUCUGUGGUCCUCCUGCCUCCUUACUGGACGGCAGAAGGCCCACUCUAUUCUGCUAUUGGAUGAACAAGGGAUGAAGGGGCAGCGAGCUCACCUGUUUCUCUCAGACAGGCCACAUUAACAUGUUGCUACUAAUCUGUUUUGUUACGUCACGGACCAACAAGUGAAAUCCGUCAGUGGUGAGACUCUUCAACUUCCACAGCCAUGUUUUUACACUGAUACGACGGAAUAAUGAGCACUUAGAUUCAGAUGCAGCUCCCCCCACUCCCUCUCCCCCCAACAUGUUAUUAGUGAAGAAAGAUCUCAUCACAUUUUAAUGUAAAUGUUGAAAUGAAAUUUCAAAGAGAGGGAAGCAAGUAAAUAGGAAAGUAUAAAUUUAGUCUGCAAAAUCAAGGUUUAUUGUCCCAUUUGUUGCCCCCCCCACAUGUUUUUUUUUAUUUUUAACUUUUUUUCAGUGGAAACCAAUGUGUCCAGUUUGAUUUUCCUGAAUUGCAUUAGUAUUGUAGUAGAUUUAAAGACUAGCUUUUUUUGUAAAGUGUGAAUAAAAGAUGUAUCUCAUGUUUCCUUUCUAAAAAGAUAUUGAAUUGUGUUGUUGAUGUGUAAAUCAUGAAUUCUAUGAUGGUGUUUUGAUUGCUACAUUGUUUUUACUUUUACUCAGUAUUUUUCCAUACUUUUAUCCCAUCACAAACCAAAUCCUCUGUUCAAAUCAUGGCGAGACAUUGUCUUAAUAGGAUGAUUAGCGAAGCUGAAUGUUUCUGAUGACGUCUCUUAGAAUGAAGGACUGAGUACGGAUUGAGUGUCAUUGGUAUCGGUAAAACUGAGGACAGGGAUAUUCAGCCUUUUUUUUUUUUUCUACUUUCAGCUUUAUUUGGGAUGUUGCUUGGCACUAGCUGGGGUGUGCUAGUGCCCGUAGGAUAGGGCAGCAGAGCUGUCUUGUGGCUGCAGUUCAGUACUAGAGAGCCCCGUUCUGACUGGUGUAAAACGUGUUUGUCAGACUACGAUAAAGAUGUGCCGCUGGUAGCUAGACUGGUCCUGUGAUGAUUUGAGUCCUAUUAGUCCAUCUCACUCCGUGUUCUUGUGCAUCACAGUGAUUAAACCUGUUACACUAUCUAGCUACUAUUUAUAGUCACUGAUUUGAUUCUUGUCUCUUUUUGGUUGUUUGCCCCUUCCACCACCCCUAACUCUGUGAAUCCACAGACUGACUCUUGAUUGACUGAAAAUUGGCGAAUCACAGAGCAGAGAAAUGUCACCCUGUGAGCUUCAGUGAGUGAUCACAUGACGUUGGCUUUGUACUUUUUCACUAUUGCAUUGUGUUUCAUAGUUGGCUUUUUAGGCAUAGGGUGAUCUUCCCAGGCUGCAUCUUUUUUUUUUUUUUUUUUUUUUUUUUUAAUGGUGCACACCAAAGCUGCUUGUAGUUCAGUUCUCUGUUGACACAUUGCGCGAGCUCCCCCACCGACCACACACGAUCCAGUCACAGUCUUCAUGAAAUGUAGGGCUGUAAGGAAAGCAAAGUGCUUUUGCCUUUUCCUUGUAUUACAUGUACACCUUGCAUCCAUAUUCAUCCUUGUCACCGUUUGGCUCAAUCUUUCAGUUCAUUUCAGAUGCAUCCUUUUCCAGAAACUUGGCAAUAAUAUCCAGAAACAUUCAGACACAUUCAGUUUUUUUUUUUUUUUUUUUUUUUUUUAUUUCAUUUUAUCGGGAAACUGUAGCUAUCUCACUGUUUCAUCUUUCAGACUACAAAUUAUUUUUCUUUUUACUUCCCAUGUUUGUUCUGACAUCACAGACCAUCUUGUUUCUUCCCAUCUUUUUUUUGGUUCUUUUCUCACCCAUCUUGUAUAUUUACUCAUCCCCUCUUCUCUGCCGAUCUAGUGGUAGUUGUACAAUGAUCAGGAUUGUCUGUCUGUAGUCAGCUGAGUACAUAUAUUGAUCUGUGUCACUGUGUUAAUGCACUGGACCAACUAUUGUUUACCAUUCAUGAAAUACCAGCAAAAAAAAAAAAAGAAUAAUGAAAAAAAAAACACUUGCACAAUGUUGUAGAAUGUCCAUUUACCCAGAUGAGAAAUCAAGGCAGCUGUUUUCAAAUCAACACAUACUGUUUAAAAAGAAACUGAAUGGUAAACAAUGCUCUUUCUGUUGUACCCCUUAGCCGUCCUCUCGAUUCUCUUUGGACUAGAUUUUGUUUCGUUUUGUUUUAUUCUUCUGUUGACUACAGGUUCUGCUUGUUUCCUUUACACCUACCUAUGUAUUUUCCUACUUCUGGUUGAAAUAAAUUCUAUAUUAUCUGUUUCAA